CGUGUAACCAAAGCUCGGGAGCUCAUGGCAAUGGAGUUCGAACUGGUGGCGAGCCAGCACGGGGCGCUGCUCAAGGUCGGGCUGUUCGUCCUGGUGCAGGCGCUGGUGUACCUCAUCCUCGCCCAGUCCUCCUCCGUCUUCUCCACCACCAAGACCCUCGGCAAGUUCCGCCCGUCGAGGUCCCUCAGUGCCCGCCGCAUGGUCGCGCUGCUCUCCGACCUGCCGCUCGGCGGGGAGCCCUCGCCCCGCGCCGUCUCCGAGGAGCAGUCGAUCGUGGCCGUGCCCGUGCUCGCCCACCAGAAGAAGGAUUGA